UUCUGAAGAAAAAACACCAUCCAUCAGUCAAUCUUCCCACCAAGCACCACAGUCUGGGCAUGCCACAAUGCCAGCCAAUCUGGGUGGAAAUGGACCACCACCUGGGUAUGGCUAUGGACAACAACCUGGGUAUGGUGGGUAUGGCUAUGGCCCACAACCUGGGUAUGGUGGACCACCCAUGCAUGGGACAUCCGGACACCCACAAUAUGGACAUGGAUCCUAUGGUCCACAACCUGGGUAUGGUGGACCACCCAUGCAUGGGACAUCCGGACACCCACAAUAUGGACAUGGAUCCUAUGGCCCACAACCUGGGUAUGGUGGACCACCCAUGCAUGGUCAGAUUCCUAUGUAUGGUGCACCCGGGUACCCACAAUCUGAACAAGAAUCUUACUCAGGCUUUUGGAACCUCUUUGGGUCUCAACCAAAACAACACAGCUUGUCAAGUUACCCAACCUAUAGGGGAGGACCUAUACCAGAGGGUCAUAAGGUUGUGUGUUACUAUGAAGAUGAAGAAGACUAG